UGUCAUUUUCGGUACUCUACAACGGCAUGUCGUCGUCGUACAGCAAGACCGUCGGCGGCAAGCUGCAGCUCAAGGGUGGGUUGUCUCUCAAGCCUGCCAAGAAACACAAGCACAAGAAGAAGAAGAACAAAGACAGCAGCAAGAAGCGCGAGCGCGAUGCUGCCGCCUCUGAUGUCGCGCCGAAACCUUUCGAACUGGUAAAAGUACGCGGAUCAGGCCGUCUGCUAAGCUCAGGCACGACGCUCAUGGGUCAGGUGGGCUCCAAGUUCUUACAGGAGCUGCAUGUGGGAGACGCCAUCGUGAUUCAACACCCGACGUCACUAGCUGAGGAGACGCGUAUCGUGCGUAUGGUGUUGAGCGAUGUGUCAGCCAGCAUUAGUUCCGCCUUCAGUUCAGACCUGGUGUCGUCCACGCCCUUCUACUACAUCAAGGCUCCUCCUGAGGACGGAGAGGGGAAAGAGGAAGAGCAAGAAAAGCAGAAAAAGAAGCGCAAAAUGGACGAGAAGACAGCGUUCGGAACCUAUGCUGGGGGUACGGAGCAGGGGGGACAGUAUACAUACAGAGUCAAGAAGAGCGGGGCCUAUGGAGGAUACGCAAUUGUCAAAGAGGAUGCUAAUGUGGAGAGGAGUCGGGAGGAGCUGCUGGACAUGCGAGCGAAGAAGAAGGGAGACCGGCAUUGCAUGUGAUUGCGUGUAAACGGUAAAUCUCUUAAAAUGAAGCAACCUUUUAUUGGCUAUGGUAGUAGUGUUCUAACCCGCCGACUUUGGCGUGCGUUCUUGUUCAAUGCAUGAACUUGAUGAAGAAAAAGUCACAUGGAAGGAGCUGGCAAUCAAAGCAGGCUUUGGAAACGUAUUAACUCAUGCUUCGCAUUGACCGUCUGCUCGUAGCCCAACGAUGCUCUUGUGGGCUGCAAGGGUCGGGCAAGCAGUACUGUGAUGACAGCAAAUGCGGGCUCACUACAACACCAUCUUUUACCACACGAGUUGGUUGAGAAACCUCAAUAUUUGUCCGCCAGUAGCUUAGACCACUCAGUCCCUGAGCCGGCCUUGAUGUCAGACUCCCAAUGUGGCAACUUAGGGACGGGACAUCAUACACUAGAAGUAAUCGAUCACCUGUGCUAUUGGAUGAGCUUUGUUACUUCGACGCUGGAAAUUGGAGAGUGGGGCCUGAACGCUAAUAAUUGCUUGUAUUCAACAGAGUUCACCAGUGUGAACAUUAUGCCAGUCAUUGUAAUCUAGGCUUGCCAUUCAUAUUGUUAGAGCAUUUAGAGCAUCACUACCCAGGGAUCAAUGAACGUAUAAUAAAGGUGCUGUCUGCCG